CUUGGUUCAGCUCUGGAUUUCGAAGACGCUUUCAGUGCGUUCAACCACGGGUCGCUAACCGAAGGGUCGGGCAGAGAUUUGCAGAUGUCAGAACCUCACGCUGCGCACGAGAUUCGAAUCGCGGAUCUCCGACGGGUGGUACUUCUUUUGGGAUGACGAACGAUUCCGACGCGACGUAGAUCCGGACGGCUGGAGUUUUCAUAUUUGAGAUUUGCCAUGGCUCGAAAAGGGAGCAGAAAGGUCCGAACUGGAUGUUUUACCUGCAAGAUUCGCAAGGUCAAAUGCGACGAAACAAGACCGACCUGCACCAGAUGCACGAGUACAGGUCGCAAGUGUGAUGGCUACCCCACAGCCAUUCCCACACAGGAUCUGCCGUUGGUCGCUACUCGCGGUCUGAAUGCCACCGGCUAUCAAGCACACGAGGCGAGAGGCUUGGAAUUCUUUUACCACGUGGCCGGACCGGGACUUGCUGGCCUAUUCGAUGACGAUUUCUGGACAAGACUGAUCUUGCAGAUCAGCCAUCGCGAACCUGCAGUCCGACACGUUCUGAUGGCAAUCAGUUCGCUGUACAGUCACGACGCACCAGACGCCUCACCUGUCAGUCAUUACAACGCGGCGAUUCAGCAUAUCGUGAAAACUACAGACGGGGCACUGGCCAUCUCCAUGGCCGUGCUGUUCACCUGCGUAGAAUUCAUGCAAGGCAACGCCUCUGCGGCCCUAAAUCAUUGCAGACACGCGAUUCUAAUCUUCAACAACUUUAAAAAUCUUACUCCCGCUAUGCGUCGAACCUUGCUGCCUAUUUUGGUCAGACUGAACGCGAUUCUGUUCUUCUUUGCUGCGGACGCUACCGCGGUACCUAUGCUUGGCUCGCUGGACUCGUUGCUGGUGGAAUCCUUUUCCAACGCUACUGAGGCGCAUGCAGCACUUCAAGCGCUGUUGGUCCAGACGAUUCGCUUGGUUCGGUCAUCAGACGAGUACAGGCUGGGGGCCAAGCGGCAAGAACGCAUACAUCUGCGAUUUUUUGCUGAGCAGCACCGAAUCCAAUUGGCUUUAGCUUCAUGGAGGCAAAAUUUAGCAGGCCUCCAUGCGAAUCUUAGGCCGUCGAUCCGCAACACUCGCCAGCACGUUCUUCUCGAGAUGGGCUCACUUGUCAAAGGAAUAUGGCUCGACUCCGCUCUGUAUCGCAGAGAAAUCGGGUACGACGAACAUAACCAUCGGUUUGGUCAAAUUGUCGCGCUUGCGUCGCGACUUCAGGCGGAAGACCAGCUUUUUGCGCCAACAGCGGGACGGAAGAAGUUCAGUUUCGAUAUGUGCUUUUUGCCACUUCUAUAUUUCACCGCUGUCAAAUGCCGCGUACUCGAGUUGCGUAUCGCCGCUCUUGCGUACAUGAAGAUGCUAUCGGAAGAGCAAGAGGGCUUGUGGAAGACGGCCACCUUGGCUCCUGUGGCCCAAAGGCUGAUCGAGAUCGAACAUGGCGUUGACGUGAACGAUCGAAGGACCUGGAAUUCUGACAUACCGCCAGAGGAGAGUCGGGUCAGAGAAUGCAUGCUCGAUCCCACGGUCGAAGUUCGGGAUGAGAGCGACUUUGUCAAUUCUCGAGCGAACAGACUAACCUGCAUCAUGUGGAGGGAGCCGGACGAGUUAUAUGCUCGCGACGAAUGGCUGUUUCUGCCCUGCGAACGCCGCAGGGACCACGAGUUAGCAAAUGCCUACUCAGAGGCUGUUUCUAGCUUCCAUGGCUUCCUGAAGCAGAUGAUUGGUCCCCUCGGACUCUGGUCGCAAGUCAUAUGAGGAGAUCCAUAAAUCCAGCGUGUGUCUUGUCCAUGACAUGUCGACGUCCUCCUGAAUCUGCUGUUCAUGUUUUCCUCUUUUUGGUCGAACAUAUUAUCUUUAUUUUGAGUUGGAAUGCUUACUUCAGCCAUUUCCGAGUCAACUCUGACCGCCCACCGCAAGAAAGAUCCACCCAUGCGACCCGGACUCUAGGAACUGACGUGUCUUCCUGUUUAGCAAUAUGUAAAAGCGCUAAGUUGUCGCAACCAGCUGCCCUGCACUUGUAGGUGGAUGGCCCAAGGUAGAUCAGUUUCGUGCACGGUAACAAGUAGUCAGUGCAAGGAUCUGCCGUAGCGAAGGGUAAAUUACAAGAGGGCGACCGUGCUAUUAGUCCAGUGCUGGGAAUCUUCCAAGUAGCUCCGUUGAACGCCACUUUCGCACACGAGCAAAGGCGAGCCGCAAACCAUUCCUAUUUCUUCUCUGCCACUGCCGCAUUUAUCCCCGCCUUUGGGAUAGAUUACUUUGUACCACCGUACAAGAUUUCGAAAGCUUGAUACCUUGUGGCUGGCUUCCGAUAGCGCCAAGGGUUUGAUGGGUGAUCGAAACUGAGGUAGCACUGUCUCAGCAGCUAGGGUAGCGGAAAGAAGGAGGCGGUGCUAUUCAAAAUUGACGCCUUAAGCAUGCGAAGCGCCCCGAUACACGUCACAGCGAACACACGGCCGAUACUUGGCUGUGGAAAGGAGGCAAAGGUGCAACACCGAUAUAGAUAUACUGCUAUACCAAGGAGCUCAAGUAAUCGCGGGUCAACAGGCGAAAGGCAGAUCUGGGCUCCCUACUCUGCCUUGUAAGCUCCUUGAGGAAAGUUUCUCUUUUGCAGCUGAAACGUUGAAGAGAAAUUGGUCGCAUCGUUUCUUAACUCAAAUUAUCCCGACUGCGAAGACGCGGACACCGAGAA